CUGCACCCGGAUCUGCUCGGCGGCGGCGGCGGCGGCGACGUGAGCGCGCAGGGGGGCGGCGGCCUCGCCUCGUCUCCCUCUCUGCGCCUGGGUCCGGUGGGUGACGCCAAGCGCCGGAGAGAUGUCGGAUUUCGACAGUAACCCCUUUGCGGACCCGGAUCUCAACAACCCUUUCAAGGACCCAUCAGUUACACAAGUGACAAGAAAUGUUCCACCAGGACUUGAUGAAUAUAAUCCAUUCUCGGAUUCUAGAACACCUCCACCAGGCACUGUGAAAAUGCCUAAUGUACCCAGUACACAACCAGCAAUAAUGAAACCAACAGAGGAACAUCCAGCUUAUACACAGAUUGCAAAGGAACAUGCUUUGGCCCAAGCUGAGCUUCUUAAACGCCAAGAAGAACUAGAAAGAAAAGCAGCAGAAUUAGAUCGUCGAGAACGAGAAAUGCAAAAUCUCAGUCAACAUGGCAGAAAAAAUAAUUGGCCACCUCUCCCUGGCAAUUUUCCUGUGGGACCUUGUUUUUAUCAGGAUUUUUCUGUAGACAUUCCUGUAGAAUUCCAGAAGACAGUAAAGAUUAUGUACUACUUGUGGAUGUUCCACGCUGUAACACUCUUUCUAAAUAUCUUCGGAUGCUUGGCUUGGUUUUGUGUUGAUCCUACAAGAGGGGUUGAUUUUGGAUUGAGUAUCCUGUGGUUCUUGCUUUUUACUCCUUGUUCAUUUGUCUGUUGGUACAGACCACUUUACGGAGCUUUCAGGAGUGACAGUUCAUUCAGAUUCUUUGUAUUCUUCUUCGUCUAUAUUUGUCAGUUUGCUGUUCAUGUACUCCAAGCUGCAGGAUUUCAUAAUUGGGGCAACUGUGGUUGGAUUUCAUCCCUUACUGGCCUCAACCAAAGUAUUCCUGUUGGAAUUAUGAUGAUAAUCAUAGCAGCACUUUUCACAGCAUCAGCGGUCAUCUCACUAGUUAUGUUUAAAAAGGUACAUGGACUAUACCGCACAACAGGUGCUAGUUUUGAGAAAGCCCAGCAAGAAUUUGCAACAGGUGUGAUGUCCAACAAAACUGUCCAGACUGCAGCUGCAAAUGCAGCUUCAAGUGCAGCAACUAGUGCGGCUCAGAAUGCUUUCAAGGGUAACCAGAUUUAGAGAACCCUCCAACAACACACUGGUACCUUCUGACUAUACUUUUUCUCCAGUUACUGUAUUCUAUAAAUAUUUUUAUGUUCAAAACAGUACACACGGCAUGUAUAUUUCCUGUUCACUUGUGCAUGGGCUAAAACCAGAAAAACUUCCUUGUCUUAUUAUUUACCUAGCAAUUUAACAUUUUGGUGCCCCCUGCAGAAAAAUAUAUCACAAAUAUUCUCCAUAUUUUUUGGGGGAUUAAUGUUCAGCAAAUUAUUUCAGUGGUGACACACUGAAAUUAAUAUGGUACUUAUGAUUAAAAAUGCAUUUAGUACUAGCUGCAGUCUUUCUUUCAAGAAUCUUAGACUUAAGGAUUACAUAUUAGAGCAUUAAAGUGAUACUUCAUUCUGUUUUCCCCAUUUAUAUUGAAAGAAAUAGGCCAUCAGGGACUUAGGGAUUUUAAAAUUGGCUUGCUUUUUAGCAGUUUUAGUCACCAGUGAAGAGCCUGUGUGCAUUUCAUAGUAGAUCAUGUAAAUUUUAUCCUUUUACUUUUUUGUUCCUUUUUUUCUUUUUUAGAGUAGUUGAUAUUUUGAUAUCAAUCUCUGAUCUUGCAUGGGCACCACAUUUCUUAAAAGAAUUCGUAUUUUGGCUUCUGCACUGCUUAUGGUUUUAGGAUUAGGGAGUUGCUGGUAGAAUCAAAGACGUGGUUUUCUGCAAUAGUUUCUUUUAAAUAAAAAUUUAUUGGGAUGCAAUUUGAGAACAUAAUAUGCAGUGCAUUAUCCAAAAAAGGGUAGAUAAUCAAUGAAAUAGAAUGUAGUAAUGAUAAUACUUUUUUUUUUUUUAAUUUUCAGUAUUCGUAUCAUAGUAGAAUAUUACUGUAUGGAAACUUUGGUAUAUUCUUGUGGCUACUCAUUUUAACUGAAUUGAGAUUGUGUUUGGCAGCUCUUUUUUGGGGAGUGUGUGUGUGAUUUUUAAGAGGGUAUUAAAGUUAGACUAACUCCUUGUCCAAAAAGAACAUACAGUAUUUCAGGGAUUUUUCUUUUAGCCUCUCAUCUGUAGUGGGAUUAAAAAGAAAAAGACGCUGUUGUUUCACAUAUACUUGAAUCCCUAAUUCACCUCAGUCUUUGAAUUUUUGAGACAGACUGAAUACAUUAAAAUUUUUCAGCAAUAGGAAAAACAUUUAACCUGCACCAAACAAGAAAACACAAAUACAGUUAAAUGCAUUAAUUAUGACUACAACCACAUUAAAAUUGUUACUGUGCAGCUUAGGAUUUAAUUCUUACAGUAUACUUGGUUUGAAACUUUAAAUCAUUUUUAAUACUGAUUAAAUGACUCAAAGACAUUUGUAAAGUCAUUAUAUACUGUGUUUUGGAAGUCAUCAGCUAAUUUAAGAUUGCAGAAUAAUCAGUGAUUUUUUUAAUUUGACUUUUAAGUAAGGAUAGUCUAUUGGAUUAUAUUAUUUGAGACUGCAGAUCCUUUUUAAAAAGAAUCAAAUGGGCAUAAAUUCAUUCUUUUCCCCAAACCUGGGGAUAAAUGAAUUUAGCGUUGGGGGUGGGAUGAUGAGUUCUCACUAUUUAUGAGGGAAGCUUUGUGUGAUACUAAGUAACAUGGAGCCAUCUAGAUGGUGUUUACAUUUGAUUUAUUGAAGUAAUAUACUUGGAAGAUAUUUCCUUUAUUCUGCUUAAAAUAGGAUUCAGAAUAUGAAUUUAAAGCUGUUUUUAUGAGUAUUUCUGAUCAGUGAUAAUCUCCCUACUUUCUCAAAUAAGCCAGUUCUAGUUUGUCAGAUUCUAUAAUCUUACUGAAAAUCUGUUUUAUCACAGUGUGCUUUACUAGGUGUGUAUUUUACAAACAUUCAGAACACUAACCACAAAAUAUAAUAGGAGUACUUAUGUUCAUCAUUAAUUUAUAUCUCAAGUCCAUUUCUUUUUUUCUUUCAACUACAAAUGAAUAUAGAGACUUGAAAAAUACUGAGAUACUUUCCUUCAAGAAUAGGAAGGCUUCUGUCUGUCUUGUAGCAAUCCCCAAAGGUAGCAUUGUUAAGUAGCAAAUAAUUAAAACCAACAGUACCUUUUUGUGUGUGGAUGGGGAAAAUGUUUUAAAAUCCCCUUCCUGGGGUUCAUACGAGCUUAUGAGAGAAAAUUGUUUUUUAAAAACCUAAAUGUGCAUUAAAAUGAUGGCAAUAACAGUUUGGUAAGGUAUGGGGAUUUUAAAUUCUUACAUUCUCUGUUCUCCUAACAAUAAUGAGUAAAUGGUCACAUUUUCCAGCAAGAGAUUGGCAUUUUUUAAUGUUUUAUAUUUAAUACUAACAUGACCCAGUAUCACAGUCAUGAAAUGGUCUUCAUUGUUGUAAGCAUUCGUGUCCUUUUUCAGUUUGCAAUAUUAAAUUGUGGCUAUUUUAUUUAAAACUAAAAUUUGAACACUGGAAAAUCAUUGCUCAGUGAUUUGUAAUUUGGGACUUGGAUUAUUUAUCUAGGGAUGUUUGUAUAUUUUGUCAAUGAGUAAUAUUGCGCUGCCAUCAUAAUGAGCGUCAUGGUUCUAUAUAAAUGCCCUCCAUCUGUCCCUCUAAUGUUGCAUGUUUUCAGUGGUUUGGAAGUUUUGUAUAUUUAUUGUAUUAACACAGAGUGUCAUAAAAUAAAAUGCUGUUUACUGGAUGUUAGUUUGUCUAAUUUUAAACACGAUGUUAGCAUUUCAGAGGUAGAGAUUAUGCUGUGGGCUUUAUGUAUAUAGAAAUUUCACAUUUGAUUUUUAAAGAAUCUAUGUAUAAUUCUAUCAUGUGCUGAACAAAAUAAUAUAAAAGGCUUCAUUAAAAAUUGAGCAACAUAAAAUGACAAUUUUUCUGUUGAAUUAGACCUUUUAGGUGAUGGAACAUGAGCUUCACUCAUAUUUUGAUCACUUCAAGGUCAAAAUACACAUAGUAUCUAGAAGUUAGUGAGAUUCAAAAUGGAAAACGUGUUUUGUGGCUCAAGUUUUUCCUUGUGGGUUAAAAUGGAUGCUUCUGUACUAGUAUUGUAUUGAUUAGCUUGAACUUGUGUUCUGUUUCCUGACCUAGCUACCUGUUGCUGUUUUAUGUACUGAUGAAAGUAUCUAUUUGUUUGUUGUUGGAUUUUUCACCUGGGUUAUCUAAAGAGGAUGUAAAAAUCUAAAAUGUUCAUGUUGAAUCUUAUUUUGAGAAAUAUGUGUUAAAUUAAAAUAGGACCAGCAUUUUUAAUUUUCUGGGUGUUAUCCAAAAAGUGAGUUUGGAUUUUUAUUGGAUAUAUCUUCUUCUAUAAAUCAUGUUGAGCUAAUGUAUAGUUUACAUUUUAUGGGGAAUUUAUGUUAAAUUGAGUUUAUUAGUUUCUGUAACUUAUUUGUACUAGCAUAAUGCUUUUAUGGUUAUUGCUAUGUCUUUUUCUGAAAAUGCUGACACAUUAGCAUUUAAUUUUAUGUCUUUACUGGUAAAAAUCUAUGUUUAAACUGUUUAUAUGCAGAGUUUGUUACAGUUUUGCACAUUUUCCCCCAUUAGAAUUACUGUGGCCGUCAAACACCAUUUCACUGUAUUUCCUUCCAUUUUUCCUUUAAGGAAAAUGUUUAGAGGGAUUUUUUGAUUCCAUGUGAUUAAGAGCUUUAGAAGUGAAAUAAAAGUGGUUAAUGUAAAAAUAAUUGUUAAAAAUAAAAAAAUGCCUUACUUUGAUAGAUUUUCAAGUACCAUAGUAUAAAUUUAUUUAGAGUAGAAUAAUAUAGUGUAAAACAUUGGAGUUGUUUUGAAAACUUGUUUAUUAAACUAAAAAGUUACAUCUCAAUUGUUAAAUAUUAUGGAAAGUAAAGUAUUUCCACUAGAAUUUUUGGGUACAUUUUAUAAAACAGCGUACAUUUUUGUAUUGAUGGGUGUUUUAAAACCUUACUUUUAGGGCUUUGUCGCAGUACAGAGAGAGCUAGAAAGAAAUCUAUAGAAAUUUUCUAAACCAGACAUUGCCACUAAUCUAUGCUAGAUAAAUAUCUUUAAAGAUUCUAGGAAAAUAGGGAAAGACCCUUCUCUAGUGUUCUUACCCUUCCUGUCAGUUUCAUAUUUACAGUUUAACUUUGUGGUUUUGGUAAGACAAAGCCUUCAACCUGUAGAGUUUUCUUUAGCACUGUUUAUAUUUUCAAAUGGCAAGGGAGAUAGGAGCCACCAUGUAGCAGUGUAAUGAGUGUUAAAUUUUAUGUUUAUCUAAAUCUUGAUUUAUUUUUCAGCUUAUCUUUUUUUUUAAUUUUUAAUUUUUUUUUUUUUUUAUCUACUUAAGUGAUGGCUACACCCCAUGUAGGCCUUGAACUUAGGAACCAGAGAUCAAGAGUAGCAUGCUCUGUGGACUGAGGCACCAGCCAGGUGCCCCAUCAGCUUAUAUCUUUCUGGGCUUGUAUGGCUGAUGGGGUAGUUAAAACCUUCCUGCCACUAAAACCCAUUUUUUCUCUAAUAGGACAAAAAAUAGUUAAUCCUCUUCAAGUUAGUAAUGUUUCAUAUACUUGUAUAAGAUUAGUCUGAAUAUUAUUUUCUCUACAUUUAUACUAAGUUACAAUUUGUAGAAUCAUAGCAUGCAAAUUUUAUUUUUUAAUUCUUUAGUUAUUUAAAAUAGCCCUUACAUGUAAUCCUAGAAUUCCUCCAGAACUCAGUCGAUAUUUUGUAGGCCAGUGUAUCUCAAGAUUAUCUCAAGACAAAUCAUAGUUGUGAGUAGUUGUUACUGGUAGCAGUUUAUGGUAUUCUUCAGCUGUUUCUUCAGCCAAAAAUCACUGUCUUUUAUCUGGUCAUAGUAGUUCCUACAAUAUUAUAGUCUACACAGAAACUCAGUCCACUGGUCAUACACAUUCCUCAAACUAAUUUUUUCUAGUUUGAAAGUCAUAUAUACCUGUUAGAAAACAAUUGGAAAAUAAUAAAUGAGAAAAAAAUAAUACAUAAUUCUGUCAUCUAGGGAUAUCACUGCCAAUGUUUUAUUGUAUUUUUCCAUCCUUUUUCUAUGCAUACAUUUUUUUAGAGAAUUAAGGAAUAUAAACAGUGUGGAUUUUUUAAUCUUAUUUUCCCUCCUUUAGCAUUAUGUCAUAAUGGCCUGAUAGUUUAGCUUCUAAAACUACAAUUAAUACAUACUUCAACAUAAACUUUAGAAAAUAUAAGCAAAAGAAGAUAAAGUUGCUCGUAAUUUUAUACCAAUAAAUAACUGCUAUUAAAA